AUGCCUCAGCUAGAUGUGGAAAGGUUGAAGGUAUCGAUCCAAGGGCGCCCCCCUUUUGUUUCGCUUUUAUCCCAGAUGAAGCAGAUGAGAGUAGGGGCGACUAAAAGUAGCCUAUCGGCGAUACAGAGCUCUGAAUUAUUUACUCUGCCUCAAUGGGAGUGGGGCAAUAGGGUUGCACAUGAAGGAGAGGCGGAGGAGCGUAGGAUGUGGUUGGUACCUCCUCAAGGUCCCAUACGAGUGAUCUAUACGAGGCGCUUCUUCGCCUUCCUAGCUGAGACCAAGUCUCUCGAGCCUAGUCCUUUGAAAGCUCAUCCAUUCCCGUCGUCUAUUAAAAGACCUAAAGUGAAGGAUUUCUCAAUAGGUAAUGUUGCACCAAGACCCAACCAAAGGGCCACUGCGAAGAUCCAAAGAAAAGGAAUAGAGGAAAGAAGUUCAGUCAAAGUUUGGAGACCCUUCGUCGCAAAGAACGUAUUUGUCCACAACUCAGACAGUUCACUUUCGAACAUCGACUUCAUGCGGCCCGUAACUUCCGAGCCCAUUCCCCACCUUCCAUCGAACUCCAUUUCGGAUGCAAACCUUGGUUUGUGCAAUAGGCAAGUAUUCCUGUUCGUGAGACAUGGGAAAAACACCUUUUUCUUUGGACAUGGAAAGCGAACGUUCAGAAACGGCAGACACAAGCGGAAAACUGCGCUGCCGAGACCAUUCAGGAUUGGGAGACAUCGCUCAGUGAUACAUCACCGCUCAAGCUUCGACGUAGCGAAAAGGGCAGUAAGCAAGCAAGGAAUUGAGUUAGUCAAUGAUACAGCAGAACCCUUCAACGCAAGGUUCGAUGUAAUUGAGGAGAUACCGUCAGUGAUCCAUAGAAAGCUGAUAUCAUUCUGGGGCGCGGGGAGAGCGAACGAAGAGUGGGAACGGAACCUACGUCCGGUCUUUGGGGUUAAUCGCUUCCGGGAAGAGAAGAGCCCGAGAAGAAGUGACUGUAGGGGGAAGACACGAACGAGUCCUAAGGGGAACAUGGCAUACGUCAGUGGUGCUUCCAUAUGCCGGAUUGGUAGUCUUGUUAGGCACAGUCUUAGUGUUAUGCCUGUUAUCCACAGUCGACACCGCUAUCCAUGA